AGGGGCCGGAGGGGCGGGGGUUGUGUCUGCUCUCAUCAGACGCCGCUGUGUACUCUCCGGACCCAUCCCCGGCUUCUCCGAUCGGCGGAUCCUCAGCAUGUAACCGGAGCCCCCCGGAGGACAUGGAUCGGAGCGGGGUGACCAUCCGAGGGGACCCGGGACAGCUCAUCCAUCGCUCCAUGGACUUCAAAUGUGAGGGGGCGCAGUGCUACAAGGACAAGAAGUACCGGGAGGCCAUCGGCAAGUAUCACCGGGCUCUGCUGGAGCUGAAAGGGCUCCCCGGGGAGCAGGACAGUGCCACCGGUACCCAGCCCGGGAUAACGGAGGAGCAGAGGAGGGCAGUGGAGGGCAUCGAGGUGGAUUGUUACAACAGCCUGGCAGCAUGCCUUCUUCAAGCGGAGCUGGUGAACUAUGAACGGGUGAAAGAAUAUUGUCUGAAGGUCCUAAAGAAGGAAGGAGAGAACUUCAAGGCCUUGUACAGGUCUGGAGUGGCCUUUUACCACCUGGGAGAUUAUGACAAAGCACUCUACUACUUGAAGGAAGCCAGGAGUCGACAGCCAACAGAUACCAAUGUAAUCCGGUACAUCCAGCUGGCGGAAAUGAAGCUUAGUAGAUGUUCCCAAAGAGAAAAGGAGCUCUCUUAAACAAGACAUCAGUUUUGCUGAAUUGAUCACAUGACUGUUUCAUCACUGCUAGCUGCGCGGUUCAGUGAGCACGCCUCAUUAACCAGCCACACAAUUUUGUUUUUCUUUGCAGCUCUAUAAAGUACUGCACAUGGCUGGAUGCAUCUCUGCUUAUAAGCCCCAGCCCCUUCAUAUGUAAAGGGUUAGAGGAACAAAAACAAAACUAGGGAUCAAAUCUGCCAUAGAUAUAUCUGUGUCUGCUUCUGCAAAGCACUAUGCAGUUGGCUUGCAUUAACCAGAGGAGGGUAAGGUUGCUCAUUGCACAUUAGACCAUCGUUUUUUUUUAAAGUCUGCUUAUGGCUGUUACUGUUGACGUUCAAAGAGCCUCCUGAAUCAUGCAAUCCUUAUCAAGUCCCGUUUGAUUCCUCUCUCACUUACACACAGCAAGCUCUUUUUAUAGAUCUGUAAUUGUUUAAAACACUUACAGCUAAGGGAGUGCGCAUUGUGCCAAUUAUUUGUGAUUGGAGCAUGGAGCGCAGAGGCAGGAAUGGGCAUUUUGUAAAUGGCAGGUCUCCUGAUUGCAGUUUAUAUCCAUUUGUGCACGUUUUAAUCCUUACCUGUAACAGAAAUGGAAUCUGGGCAGGUAUCGACUACGUUUUAUUUCUACAGAUGAAACACCAUCUGAGCCUUUAUGAAGCAAAGUGUUUGAAACAAGAGCUGACUGUUUAGCCCGUAUGAGCCAAUCAGAAGCAGAUUUAAUGAGGACCUGCAAUAUUUUUGGAGAUGUAACCACAUUUUUUUGAAAGCGGUAGCGUUGAUCAUAUUUCUAUUUGGCAUCACCGCUGCCAAAGAUAUUCUGCGGUUCAUUUUGGAUUUAUUUAAAUGGUAUGGACUGAUUGACAACCCACAGUGGCUCAUAUCAGCCUAUCAAUACUCUUACAUAUUCGCCAUUCUGGCAAAUGUCACAGCUGCCAUGUUGCUAACCAUACAGUAGUAGAAUUUCUCAUUUUAAGAACACUUGUUUAAUUUUCCAAUCAUUAGUUGGGUCAAAUCGAAGGCCAUUUGUGACUACAAUGACGAAAAAUUCAGCUUUUUCCCCGAAGGAACACAUCUCCAACACUGCUUGUGCUUUUCGUUUAGCAAAGUCCAUUCCAACAUUAAAUAUUUAAAGCAAACAAAAAAAUUGAAGUAUUUAACCACUUAAGGACCGCCUCCUGCACAUUUGCGUCGGCAGAAUGGCAC